AUGAUUUUCCUCUAUUUCCCGGCAAUACCCACGGCUUGUGUUCAACGGCCAAAUACAACGCUCCCCAAUCAGGGAGCUAUACCCGAUCUCACAUGGCUGCAUGUUACCCAUGUCUGCCGUCGCUGGCGCAGUAUCUCUCUCGGCUGCCCCAUCAUAUGGACCAGUAUAUCCUUCAAACCGCCGUGUUCUACACCUAGAUUUCUCGAGCGCGCACGACAGGCUCCCUUGGACAUCGAUGUGGACUGGAAACGCGAUGGUUCUCGACAUUAUAUCGAUGAUGUGGUGGCGCUUGCGCUUGAGCAUCUAUCCCACACUCGUCUCGUCAGACUUUCCAAUCCGCCCGCUGGUUUCGUAGAGCGCAUGGUUGCCGCGUUUGGCCAGCAGGGGGCCGAUCUUCUCGAGCAUUUACACCUCUCAAAUGUCGAAGAACAGAAGAUCACGCUUGGAGCGUCUAUCUCUACCAUCGAAUUGCCAGAUCGUCUAUUCGCGCGCCCUACAUCGCGGCUACGACGGCUGAUAAUGAAUGGCCGGUUCCGCAUUACCUGGCGUAGCCAACUCUUCGCGUCACACCUAACACACCUAUGCCUCGCUAUCUCCGACAGUGCGUCGGUUCCCACCAUGGAUGAACUACUCAGCUGCCUUCGCGCAUGUCCUCUGGAAGUAUUGCUUCUCCAUGGAUGCCUUCCCCGGCAUGCUACUCAAACGCCAGUGGUGCCUCUGCCGGACGGUCACCCAUUCGUGGACAUACCUACUCUUCGGGUCAUCAGGCUUUCAGACCUUGCCGUGAACGUGGCCAAUCUGUUGCGCCGCUUGCACAUCCCCGCUGACUGCCGUGUCGAACUCGGGAAUCAACACGAGCCGCACAGCGCGUCGGCGGCGACGACAGAAGCGCUGGCCACAGAAGUCGACCAUGUACUGUCAAGGAGUUCUUAUGCGUCGCAAGAUCUCUCGCUACAGGUCAUGCAGUAUCGGCCAUACAAUUGCACUUGGACUCUAUCGAAACUCAAAACGGAAUCAUCCGGAUCCUCAGGCGAUGCCAGCGGGUAUCUCAUUGGACCCAGAUCGUUCACGUUGACAUUAGAGUCUCAGAUGCGACCCACGACUUUCGAGGAACAUAUCCGCAAUACGAAUACCUUCUCCGGGGCGUUAAUCCGGAUAUCACCACUGUACCACCUCGGAUCCGUUCGAAUCUUAUCCAUUCAGGCGUUGAACCCGCUUUUGAUUACGCGGGAGUCCUGGGUAGUCCUGCUGCGCGAGCUACGUCGCUUGGAAAUAAUCCAGGUUUCGGGUCAUUGCUCUUAUACCUUUGGCCUCGCUUUUGCGCUGCUCGCCCCUGACCAGCAAAUUGCACCAUACCUCAGGCAGAUAGAUAUAAGGCACGCUCAUUUUGGGUAUCCUUUGGGGCCAAGCGGAUUGUCAAUACAACUGGAGAAUGCCUUUCACAUGCGCAAUGAGGUUGGCGCUCUGAGGCCGAACGUCGAGUUCUGGAAUUGUCGCAUAUCGCCCGCGCAGCUAUUCCAGGUAGAGACGGCACUUGGUGGCCGGGUCCUUGUGACUGGAGAUCCGGAGACGUGGGGUGUAGGAGACAAUGCCAAUGAUGCCGAUCUUGAGGGUUAA